UGCAAUGCAAGCAAUAGUUUGGAGCAAAUUGAAGAGGCCUUCCUCUCAGGCUCUCUCAAAGUCCAACCACCAGGCUCUAGCUAUAUAGGUAGCAUUAAGCUAGCUAGAGCGUUCGCUUGCAAGUCGAUCGAGAUGGCCGAAAUGAUGGCGAGCGCCGCCGCGUCCGUGAUGGGCUCCGUCAUCGGCAAGCUGGCCACCAUGCUAGGCGGGAGCUACCAGCUCACCGGAAAGGUCCAGCGAGGGAUCAGGUCCCUGAAGGACGAGCUGAGCACCAUGGACGCCGUACUGCAGGAUCUCGCCGAGAAGGACGACGACCAGAUCGACGGACAGUCCAAAGAUUGGAGGAACAAGGUGCGUGAGCUAUCCCUCGACAUCGAGGAUUGCAUCGACCGUUUCAUGCUCAAUCACAGCCAUGGAGGUUCCAACCCCAGCUUCAUGCACAAGACCGUGCGGAAGGUGAAGAUCUGUCUGCAGGAUCGGGGAUUGGCGGAGGAGAUCCAAGAACUCAAGAGCCUUGCGAUCGAGCUGAGCGAGCGGGCCAAACGCUACGACAUCCAUCAGUGCCUCGGCGCCUUUCCGCCCUCACGUCAUCAGCAAGUGCGCUUGGACCCUCGAGCACCGGCACUCUUCCAGGAGGCUAGGGAUCUCGUGGGGAUUGAUGGUCCUCGCAGGGAGAUCAUCGAGUUGCUGAAAGCUGAAGAAGACAAGCGGCACAAGGUGGUGUCCAUCUAUGGAACCGCUGGGCAGGGGAAGACCACUCUCGCCAUGGAGGUGUACCGCAAAAUCACUGGACCAUUUGAUUGCAGGGCUUUCGUUUCCGUAUCUCAAACUCCAAAUAUCAAGAAGCUUCUUAGAGAUAUACUGUCUCAAAUAAGCAAGAACAUGUUCGAGCAGUCGCAAAGCUGGGAGACGGAGCAGCUCAUACGCACAAUCAGAGAAUACCUAAUGGACAUGAGGUAUUUCAUCUUGAUUGAUGAUAUCUGGAGUGUAUCAGCAUGGGAGCUUGUGCGAUCUGCCUUACCGCUCAAUGACAAUGGAAGCAGAAUAAUUACUACAACACGCAGUAAAGCAGUAGCCAAAUCAUGUAGUACUGGUAUUGCUGAACAAAUGUACGAAGCAAAGCCACUUAGUGAUGACGACUCUCACAGAUUAUUCUUUAAUAGAUUAUUUUGCUCAAGUGAAGAUUGCCCCCACGAUUUGAGGGAAGUAUCCAGUGAAAUUUUGAGGAAAUGUGGUGGCCUACCAUUAGCCAUAAUCAGUAUAGCUGGUUUAUUAGCAAACAGAAGCAGAACGCCGGAAGCCUGGGGCAAUACAUUGAAGUCCAUUUCUGCUGCAGUUGACAAAGACUCUCCCAUUGAUAAGAUGAAAAGAAUUUUGCUGCUUAGUUACUUUGACCUUCCUCUCCAUCUAAAGAGCUGCUUAUCAUAUCUGAGUGUGUUUCCGGAGGAUUAUUUGAUUGAUUGCAGACAGUUGAUAUUGUUGUGGGUAGCCGAAGCACAGAUUCCUGGACAAAACAGAGAAACUAUGGAGCAGCUAGGGAGAAGUUACUUGAAUGAUCUGGUCAAUAGAAGUUUGGUCCAACCAGUCAAGGUUGGGGCAGAUGGCGAAACAGUGAAAAGUUGCAGAGUUCAUGAUGUCAUACUUGAGUUUAUUGUAUCAAAGGCUGUCGAGGACAAUUUUGUGACUAUAUGGAAUCAUAAUGGGUUUUCUGAAAACUAUUCUUCCAGCAAGAUUCGCCGUUUAUCCAUCCAGGAAGACAUUUCUGGCCCGGCUGAAGAGAUGGUCAAGACAAUAAAACAAGCAGCACAUAUUCGAUCAAUUAAUACUUUCGGCUCUAAUUCAGUGCUCCCUAAGCAUGCCUCCAAGUUUCUAAGUAACCAAGUCUUGCGAGUGCUGAAUAUAAAAGGUUAUUUUGAAGAAUGCUAUCUUCUUGGGCAUGUCAAAAGUUUCAGUCAACUGAAGUAUUUGAGGAUAGAGAAUUUUUCCAGUGGCUUCACGCUCCCAGAAGAUAUAGAUAAGCUGCAACAUCUAGAGACACUAGAUGUGUUACGCACCACACUUAAGAAGCUACCGGCAAGUAUUAUCCAAUUGCAGAGAUUAGUGCGUCUUUGUGUCAGUUCGGGGGUACAACUACCUGACGGGAUCAGAAAUCUGCAGGCAUUGGAAGAGCUAUAUAUGAUCAGUUUGGAUUUUCAAUCUGUAAAGUUCGUCCAGGGCCUCGGCGAUCUAACCAAUCUGAGGAUACUUGGAGUGAGUUGGCGCCACUCUACUGAUGAAGGCCACAGGGAAGCAUGUAUCUCGUCGCUCUCCAAGCUGUUCAUGAGUGUUGGAGAACUGCGUGUUGGGGAUAUCCCAGAUGCCACACCUCCAUUCAUGGCCUCCUGUGUCCGUAAUCCACCACCACUUCGGAGGCUUAGCCUUAGUGAGACUGGUAGAUUACGAGUCGUGCCCCAUCAAAUCAGCUCGUUGCUCAACCUGACCCGCCUCUAUAUUGCAGUCAUUCGCGGUGAAGUAAGCGAGGAAGAAAUAAAUAUCCUGGCAAGUUUACCCAUCCUAAUCUCUCUUACUGUUCGCUUGUCAGAUGACAAAGGAGAUUCAGGCGUCUUCCACCCAAGGCAUGCAAUCAAGAGCCAAGGAUUCCAGAGUUUGGUCAAGUUUACAUUCCGCUGUUGGUCUGAGGUAGCGUUGGAAUUUGAGCAGGGAGCAAUGCCAAAGCUCCAAAGGCUCAAGCUGCACAUGCCGGCACGGUGUCAAUUCAAGUAUGGGGACGGUGGCCUGGUCCUCGGGCUGCAGAAUCUGGCAUGCCUCAAACAUGUCGCUCUCAGUAUUCACUGUGAAGCUGCUACUGCUAAUCAGGUGAAGGCUUUCGAUGAUGACAUCAGGGGUGCAGCGGGUGCACACCCUAACCGUCCCAUACUCCAGGUUGAAAGAAUAGUUCAACAUUUGAUGAGGGGUGCAGCAGAUCAACGAUGACAAUCCGACCAUUCCAUACUAGAAGCACCAUGCCCUUGAUUUGAAUGCAUAAACUGCUUGUGCCAAUUGGUACCGUAACUUUA